UCCCUUCAGGGGGGCGCCGACCUUCCCCCGCCCCGCGGCCCCCUCCCUGCAGCCCCGAGGCCCCGUGGCCGGACCCCCUCACCGGGCCGCCGCAGCUCCCCCGCCCCGCACCGCGGGAGCCCGGCAGGUGAACGGGAGCCGCCCCGGCCCCGGGGCCGGCCGGGCCGCUGCUCCGCCCACGGGGGCGAGCCGCGGGGCUGGCCGCCACCUGCCGCCGCUCCCCACGGCCGCCCGGCCGCCUCUUCCCUCCUUCCCCGCCGCGGCGAUGGAGCCGUAGGGGCGUGCGGAGGGAGGAGCGGCCGCGCUUCCCCGCAGAAGGAGAGCGCUCCCGCAGCGGGCGGGCGGGCGGCCGCAGGAGCCCGAGAUGGCGGACAGCGCCGCGGCCACCGCCGCCCCCCGCGCCGGCGUGAAGGGCAGCUCGGCGGGGCCCUGGUGGAAGUCGCUGACCAGCAAGAAGAAGCACAAGGAAGCGGCGGACGCCCCGGCGCCCCCCGCCGCCGCCAGCGAGGUCCCCGCCGCCCCCCCCAGCCCCGGCGGCCGGGAGGAGCCGCCGUCCCCCUUCGGCGGCGGCGAGGCCGCGGGGGCGGGCGGCGGCAACCGCCGGAGCCUCCGCGUCUCCCACUCGGGCCGCUUCAAGGAGAGGCGGAAGGUGCGGACCUCGCUGCUGGCCGACAGCCCUGAAGUCUUCGACGGCGGCGGUGCCCCGGGCCACGCCGCCCAAGGGGGCAAGUAGCCCAGGGAGGCUUCGGCCCCGGAGCCGAGGCCCCGUGAGGAGCCGCCACUGGACGGGUGGCCGGAGCACCGGCAGGACAGGUGGCCGAAGCCUGCAGCUGCCCCGCGGCUGGAGUUGGCCUCCUUGGCCCCAUGGGCGACAUGGAGGUGCGUGGCAGUGGCCUCCCUAGCCCCGACCGGGCACUGCGGGGAGCCCGGCAACUCCGCCAGACAAGCGAAUUACAUGAACGCUGCCAAGACCAAACCCCCAGAUGAUGGGACGAUGUGAUUGUCUUAACAAAAUAACACCAAUAAACACCCCACUCCCUGUACUGUGGUGAGCGGAUUCAAAGGUGCUAUCCCAGGGGCGACGCUGGGGUCUCUCUACCUCUCCCCAGCCCUUGCCAGGAGCCAGCGCACUGACUUCUCAGGCCUGUGACCCAGCUUCUCUAGGCUCUCCGGCCGAGGAGGCGCUUUGCUGCUCUCAUCCCACGCGUUGCCUUAUCGAAGGAAGGGGGGAACAAAGUGCUCUUAUCUAAUUUCAGGGCCAAGGACCUGCGGCGGUGCCGUACGCGUUCCUACCCUGCCAUUAGCGGGCAUGCCGUGCGCCUGCUCUCGCCCAUGCCCCACAUCACAUGGCAUUUAAAUAUGCAAAAGGCAGGACUGUGCUGGUUUUCUCCCUCUUCUUACUGUGUAAUGAUAAGCAGGUGUUUCAGAGGCUGGUCUCCCGUAGUUGUGUUACAGAAGGAGGCUGGCUGUUGUCUAGCAAUUCAUGCUGUUUACCCAGGAAAGACGUGAUUUUUGCAUAAUAGGUGAUAGAUGAUAUAAUGAAGCUCCAAUAAAGAAACUAUGUGAUAAAAUGUAAAUACUCUUCCGGGAGAUGAGACCAGCCCUGGAGAGCACAGGCAGGGUUGUAUUCCUGAUGUGGAAAUAGGCUUGGGCACCACUGGAAAUGUUCUUUACUGCUUACCAUGUCCGAGGCUUGUGAAGCAAGGUUAAAGAUUCCCAGGAUUUCUUUUGAUAGCAAGAUAAUGUGCUUUAACUCAGGCAGUUAUCUGCCCCCUCUAACAGCUCCUGGAUUUUUGGACAAAGUAAACUAUAAGCCAGAUUCAUACUGGUGUUGUGCCUUACAGAGCAAAGUCAGCUAAAAACACUUGGCAAUUACACAUUUCUUGAUAGUAGUUGUAGCAACAACUGAU